UUUUACCAACAAGACGUUUUGAAAAUGGAUUCAGGCAAAAUUGUGCACAGAAGAAACCCGGACAUAAGACCAAGAGCAUCGGAGAAGAACCCACAUAUUCCAGAGGUCGGCGUUAAAAGUCUUGAGCUCAGUAAGGUGAUCCGUCUUCUUGAAGAUCCUUUGACAGCUAACUUGAAGGAGAGGCAUCUUUUUGUCCUGAAGAAACUACUGAAGAGAAGCCACAUCGGCUUUCUUUUAAAGGAGCUGACGGGCAUCUCCAAAAUACUCGACGUCUGUGCUGAGAAGGUGAAGGAGCACCGUGAGUAUGUGCCCAUCCUGUGUGAGGCCCUUCAAAUCUGUAGGCUCCCCUUCCUGAAGGAGAAAGCCUCCGAUGAGCUGAACUACGCUCAGGAUGUCAUCGACUUCCUCUCUCACAUGGGCUACCUGAUGAGGGUGUCCCACGCUGAGGUGAGGCAGCAGAUAGUUGAGUCCGUGAGGUGGUUCUACGGCGCCGUGGCGCCCCGGCUGCUGCUCCACGGUACGGACCGGCCCGCCGGCACCAAGCCUCGGACGGCCAACGGGCCCCGGUUCUCUAGACUCUCCCUGAGGCUGCAGCCGACGUCUCCGGGCUACCGGCUGCAGCUGCUGGAGCGCAGCGCCCUGGCCCCCACGCUGCUGCUCUCCAUGGCCGCCCUGGAGCACCAGCCGGCCGUCAAGCUGCCGCUGCUGCAGGCCCUUCAGCUGCUCUCCAGCUCCUCCGAUAUGAACUGCGCCCUGAUCCUGAACGCUCGGGGAGCAGAGACGACCUGCGCGCACAUGAACGAGCCCGACCCGUCCGGCCAGGUCCUGCUGCGCUCCACCGAGAUCCUCUGGAACCUGCUGGAGAGAGGCAGCGAGGAGGUCACCGCUCAGCUCAGCCGCAUGGAGUGUGUCAUACCUCUGAAAGAAGCGUUUCUCCACCAGCUGAUGAACGGCUCCCGACCCUCUGACCUCCAACUCAGGAACGAUCUGCUCGUGAUCACCACUCUCAUCGCGGAGAGCCCCAGCUGUCUGCUCAUCGAGAGUUUAUUUGCCAAACAGCUCGUGGUUUUGGCCACAUUUCCAGAGCUGAAAAGUUACGACCCUCUGGUCCGCAACCUGAAGCUCGCCUACAAACACGAAGACCUGAAGAUGAAGAAGUUGCUGCUGAACCUGUUGGUGUUGAUGUCGAAGGACUCGGCCGCGCUGCAGCUCUACAAAGAGGAGCGAGUCAUGCUGGCUCUGCUGACGCUGGCCAAGCCGCCCGCUGCCUCGCCCGAGCGCCGCUCCGCGUCGCCCCAUUGGUCCUCGGGCCAGAGGGAGGAGCUCCAGCUGCAGGCGCUGGCCACCCUCUGCACCGUCGCCCCACUCAUGCUGGACGACUACAUGACCCACCAGGGGAACGCCUGCCUGCUGCUCCUGCUGGACUGGUGCGUUGCUCAAGAUGGUUUCUUUGGUCAUGGCUCCCACGGAGGAGGAGGAGGAGGAGGAGGAGGAGGAGGAGGAGGGUCAGGAGGACGAAGAGGCAGCACGAAGGCUCAGAUGCGGCAUUGCAUCCGAGUGCUGAGGUCUGUGACGUCUUUAGGAGAAGACGCGGUCAACCAGGACUUCUGUGAUCAAGGGACCAUCAGCCAGUUCCUGGGGAUUCUGAUGCAGAUGGAAGCGAGUCCCGACGAGGAGGACGUGGUCAGCCUGGAGAUAAAGUCCGAUAUCCAACUGAUACUUUCGGCGCUGUGUGAGAACGACAUGCACAGAAAGGAGCUGUUUGGAUCUGAGGGCGUGGAGAUGGCGAUUCACUUCCUGAAGAAAGGCUGCGACAGCUUCUACAGCGGCGUCGGACACAACAAGCUCAUCCUGUCCACGGUGGACUGCGUGAGGUCCUGUAUAGUGGGCUGCUACACCACAGAAGAUUACUUUUUGGCUAAAGAGGGGGCGUGUCUUCUGUUGGACUUACUCAGUUCGAGCCCCAGAUGCCUACACUCCAACGUCCUCGCCUCCCUGCUGGAGUUGAGCGACAACCCCAACUCCCUGUCCCACGUCCUGAGCUGGAGGGACGCCGGUGGGCAGAGCGCCCCCAGGCUGCUGCUGCACCUGUGGAGGGACGAGGAGGAGGAGCUUCAAGUCAGCCGCAACCGACACGGAGGGGUCGCAGACCCCCAGAGACCCGUCCUCAUGCACCAGCAGCAGGAGGACAGCCUGGUGUUGUUUCCUGGCAGCACCUCGAGUGCAGCGGUGCUGGAGCUGACGGAGAACCUGCGGCUAAAGAUCUACUCCAUCUUCUGCAAACUGGGUUUUCAAGACCUCCCCGGACUGUCGAGACAACAUCAUGUGACCUUGAGCAUCGUCAGGAGAUACCUGGACUUCAAGGUCGGAGAGGUGUGGGACGAGAUCCGCAGGGAGCUGACUCUGGACGGGGUGAGGCCCAUCACCCCCGACGAGGAGGCCCUGAGCGCCAUCUGUAGGAUAGCGGCGGACACGGCGAGGAGGGUGGCGGCGGAGCAGAACGACAUCCUGGAGCAGCAGGAGAAGGAGGACGCCGGCGAGGAGGAGCUGCUGUACACGGAGAUGAAGUCUCACUGGAAGCAGCGGGAGCUCACGGCCAAGUCGUGGGACCGUUACGUCUCCAGGACUUCUAACUAUGACAUCCUCAAGGAAGUGAAAGCUCAGCGGGAGGAGUACAUUGAAUCCUCCAGAGCCGAAGCAAAGCACCCGGAUGCUGCCCCCCACCCGAAAGAGCAUUUCGUGGGUCAGGCGAUGUCCGUGGAGAGAACCGGCGCCGAGGGGCCCGCGGGAGUGAAAGUGACCAUCGCCCGAGUUCCCAUUGAGGCCGCGGGUCCGGGACCCGUCGGAGUCUCGAGUCAGGACCCGGAGUACUUCAGCACCGUGUCUGUAACGGACUGAUGUUUCAUUCGCGCCCAUCGCAUUGUUAUCAAACAUUUAUUUUAUCUUGUGGACUUGAAUGCAACACGACGUGGACCAGAACCCUGCAGCAGCACGGCCACACGGCCACGACCACGUUUACCUAUUUAUGAUCCAGAGCCACAGACUGAAGUGUGGAUGCAGACAUGAGGUCACAUGAUCACAUGAUCACAAUCAGCACCUUGUAGUCUAGUCCUCCCAUUGUACACACACACACACACACACACACACACACACACACACACACACACACACACACACAGUAAACUGACUGGCCUUUGUGGAACUAUAUUCAUGAAUGAUAACAAAACAAGACGUGUGUUUUAGUUUUUUUUAGAUAACAUGAAACAUAAUUUAAUUUGUCAUUAAACAUAAUUAAACGGUUUCUAUGUGUUCAUUCUACCACGUUGUUUGUGCUGCGGGGACCAAAGUACACAAUAAACACCACACUUGUUCACUUUUAA